CAGCAGCGUCUCCUAUUUCAAAGCGGAACUGACUUUGAGGCCGGGUUCGUGUUUCCACCCGAGCAGAUAAUCCCGUCUAUCGUUACGUAGCGGAGAUGGCAGCCCUCCGAACGGCACUCCAUGGACGACUCUUUCAGGCACUCCCCUUCUCCUUUGGCUCGCUGCGGUUUGCCAGCUCCUUCAAGGCCGCAGAUCUUGUCAUCGAACGCAACUCGGCAUGCAACCCAAAACCAGACCCCUCCAACCUGGUGUUCGGGAAACAGUUCUCCGACCACAUGUUGACCAUCACCUGGUCGGAGAAGGAGGGCUGGGAAGCUCCUCAGAUCAAACCUUUCCAGAACCUGUCGCUGCACCCGGCCAGCUCCGUCCUGCACUACUCCAUAGAGCUGUUUGAAGGCAUGAAGGCGUUCCGUGGAGUCGACAACCACAUCCGCCUGUUCAGACCCAUGCUGAACAUGGCGAGGAUGCAUCGGAGCGCAGACAGGAGCUGCCUCCCUCUGUUUGAUAAAGGUGAGCUGCUGGAGUGCAUCAGGAAGCUGGUGGAGGUCGACCAGGACUGGGUUCCUUACUCCCAGGACGCCAGCCUGUACAUCAGACCCACCUUCAUAGGAAUCGAGCCGUCCCUCGGAGUGUCUCGAGCAGGGAAAGCUAUGAUCUUCGUCAUCGUCGGACCAGUGGGACCGUACUUUGCCACCGGCUCCUUCAACCCCGUGUCUCUGCUGGCCGACCCUUCAUUUGUCAGGGCUUGGAAGGGAGGCGUCGGGGCCUACAAGAUGGGAGGGAACUACGGUCCCACGAUAGCCGUUCAGAACGAGGCGGUGAAGCGAGGCUGUCAGCAGGUGCUGUGGCUGUACGGAGAGCAGGAGGAGAUCACAGAGGUCGGCACCAUGAACCUCUUCAUCUACUGGACCAACGACAAUGGAGAGAAAGAGCUGAUGACCCCUCCUCUGGAUGGGAUCAUUCUCCCUGGAGUCACCAGACAGUCUCUGCUGGACCUGGCCAGAGACUGGGGUGAGUUUAAAGUGACAGAGCGCUCUAUGGGGAUGAAGGAGCUGCUGGGGGCGCUGGACGCAGGGAGGAUCAUGGAGGUGUUUGGAGCAGGGACUGCGUGCGUGGUUUGUCCUGUCGGCAGCCUUCUCUACAGAGGAGAGACUCACCAGAUCCCCACCAUGCACAACGGUCCUGACUUGGCAAAGAGGUUCUACAAAGAGCUUACUGAUAUUCAGGUGAGUGAGAGUGACUCAGGUUUAACUGCUUCUUUAAGAUGCUGCUGGCUAACUUGCAUUUGGCGCCUCCAAGUGGCAGAAAAAGGGAACUGUUGUAGAUAAAUCUCAGCAAGGGAU